AUGCCAAGUGAGCUUGAAUCACAUACAAAUGCCGUUCUUAACCUCUCCAAUGUUGUACUAUCAGAUUCUGAAACCAGCUUACUGUCCAAAGGUCUAAAUUUUUGUCCAGUACCCCGUGAAAUCGAUGAGAAACAACUUAGAGAGGACACCAGAGCAUUCUUCAGACGUAUGCGUUUAAAAGAGCACUUUUCAAGUCGCCAAAAGUCCACUGAUUUUGACAACGAAUCCGAUACGGAGAGUUCAUCUCAAUCACAGGAACAGACAACUUCAUAUGAGCCUGAUCCCUUUCGUAUCAAAAGUACUUGGGAUCCAAAACCAGGCAAAUGUCCAACCCUUGAGACAUACAUAGAGGCCGUAGAAUCAGACAUUGAAAAGUUGCUUCAAAAUCCUACUCAAACUUAUGACAAUCUGACCCGCGAUGAAAGGCGUAGUAUUCAAGCACUUAAAAACCGGGAAGAUAUUGUCAUUAAGAAAGCAGAUAAAGGGUCUACUGUAGUCGUUAUGGACAAACAAGAUUAUAUAGCAGAAGCAAACAGACAAUUGUCAAAUCAAUGCUUCUAUAGAAAAAUUGAUUUUGACCCCACAAAAAGCAAUGCUGACGCUAUCAUCGACACUUUAGAAAAAAUGAGAUGCGAUGAAGAAAUAAGUCUUGAAACUUUCACUUGUCUCGUACCCUCUAACGACAGCACACCUGGACAAUUCUACCUUCUACCUAAAAUACACAAAGAAGGAAUCCCAGGCCGUCCAAUUGUCAGCGUUAUUGGUCAUCCAACUGAGAAAAUCUCACAGUUUUUGGACAUGCACCUACGACCUCAUGUAGAAACCAUACCGUCCUACCUCAAAGACACGACAGACUACAUGAACAAAACCCCAACUUCGAACUUGCCAGACAACACCCUUCUCGUGACUAUGGACGUUGCAUCAUUAUACACGAACAUUCCUCACGAUGAAGGCAUUGAGGCAUGCAAGGAAGUCUGGAACAGUAGAAAACACCAAAAACCGUCCACGGACUCCUUGGUUGAACUUUUAGAGCAUGUACUUAAACGCAAUAACUUCAUGUUCAAUGGAGAACAUUACCUCCAAGUAAGUGGCACGGCCAUGGGAACUAAAAUGGCACCCUUGUAUGCUAACAUAUUUAUGGGUAGACUAGAAAAACAACUUUUGCUACAAGUACCCAUUAAACCCCUCAGCUGGCUUAGGUUCAUCGAUGACAUAGAAAUCAAAUAG